AUGGACGAGGAGCAGCCUUUGCUGGUCGAGGACCCCCUCUGCGAGGAAGACAUCUCGAAGCACCUGCUCGACUUUGACCCCAAUGGCGACCCCGAGAACCCCAGGGAAUGGCCUGCACCAUUCAAGUGGACUCUGGUCUCACUGCUGGCCCUCACCGCGUUCACCGUAACCUUUACCUGCAUUUCAGUCGUCCCCGUCGCCGCCCGCAUCAUCCAGGAUCUAGACCAGGAUGAGGGCACAAACUCACCCGCGAGCGCCCUGCUCGUCACCAUCUGGGAGCUCGGUGAAGCCGCGGGCCCCCUCCUCAUCGCGCCCCUUUCCGAGAUUUACGGCCGCUACCCCGUCAUAAACGCCGCCAACAUCCUCUUCAUCAUCGCCACCGUCCUCGCCGCCAUCAGCACGAGCACCCCGCUCCUCAUCGGCGCCCGCUGCCUCACCGGUCUCGCCGUCGCCUCCAACGUCCUCAACCCCGCCAUCAUUGGCGACAUGUUUGUCCCCGACAACCGCGGCUCGGCCAUGAGCAUAGUGUCUCUCGCCCCGCUCAUCGGCGGUGCGGUCGGUCCGAUGAUUAGCGGCGCCAUUGCCCAGACCCUGGGCUGGAGACAGGUUCUCUGGAUGAGCGCCGGCUUGGCGACGGUGUGCGAGAUACUGUUCCUCACCUGUUUCCGGGAAACGUACAAGAUGACCAUUUUGAGACGACGUGCCGCGAAGCAUGCGGACGAACACGGGGCACCGCUUCACCCUGCCGGGAUCGACGACCACAAAAGCCUGCUCAAGCUGUGGGAGUCGAUCAAGCGACCUUUCCAUGUUCUGUUCAAGUCCAACGUGCUCAUGGGAUUGUCGUUUUUUGGAUGCAUCACUUUCGCCUACUUCUACGUCAUGUCCAUCAGCUUGCCCGUCAUUCUCCAGGACGUCUAUGGCUUCUCUCCCGCCCUCACUGGUCUCUCCUUCAUGUCCUUCAGUGUCGGAUCAUUUAUUAGUGUAGUAGUCUGCAACUUCAGUCUCGAUAGGAUCUACGUGAAGCUUCGCGGCAACGACCCCGUCGGACGCCCCGAGUACCGUCUCCCGCUCGUCAUCAUUGGAGCCUUCACCCUACCCCUCUCCAUCACUGCGUACGGCUGGAUCGCGGAGCUCCAUCUACCGGUCGGAUUCCUCCUCUUGUCGGUUGCGUUGCUCGGCUUCACCCUCCUGAUGGCCUCUCUCCCGCUCUCAGCCUACGUCGUCGAUGCCGCGGGCUUAUACUCUGCCUCCGCCAUGACCGGCGUCAUCGUGACGCGAUGCCUGGCGGGCACUUUCUUGCCUCUUGCUAGUGGACCCAUGGUGCAGACCUUUGGGUACGGUUGGGGCUUCACGAUGCUGGGUGCUUUCAGCAUCUGUCUUGCGCCGAUUCCGGUGCUUCUUAUGAGAUAUGGUCAUGUUUGGCGCCAAAAGUCCGAGUACACGAGAGAUGCCUGA